UGCGGCCGCCGGCAGGAUUGAGCAUGGGCGCAGCGCGGCUCGCGUGAGCACAGCCUCGGCCUCUCUACGCCCUCCUUGCCUCGCCCUCGCGGCUGCCUCGCUCCUGCUCGCUGCCGGAACAUCUUCCACCAUGGCCACCUCAGCGAGUUCCCACUUGAACAAAGGCAUCAAGCAGGUGUACAUGUCCCUGCCUCAGGGCGACAAGGUCCAAGCCAUGUAUAUCUGGAUUGAUGGCACUGGAGAGGGGCUGCGUUGCAAGACUCUUAUCCCUGUUGCCAUGUUUCGAGACCCCUUCCGCAAAGAUCCCAACAAACUGGUGUUCUGUGAAGUUUUCAAGUAUAACCGGAAGCCUGCAGAGACCAAUUUAAGACAUACCUGUAGACGGAUAAUGGACAUGGUAUGCAACCAGCACCCCUGGUUCGGAAUGGAGCAGGAGUAUACUUUUGAUCCUAAGCCCAUUCCUGGGAACUGGAAUGGUGCGGGCUGCCACACCAACUUCAGCACGAAGGCCAUGCGGGAGGAGAAUGGUCUGAAGUGAGUACCUGCUGCUGGGGCCGGCCG